CUGGCUCCGCUGGGCAGGGGGUAACUUGACUGGUUUGGGGGUGGGUUUUAGUUUAAUUUUUCUUUUCUAGCUUCGCAUCGCGGGCCAGUUCGCACCUUUUAAUCAGCUGAGGCCAUGUCAGCAGACGGAGCCACGGAACAGGCAGCUGAGUAUGUCCCAGAGAAGGUGAAGAAAGCCGAAAAGAAAUUAGAAGAGAAUCCAUAUGACCUUGACGCUUGGAGCAUUCUCAUUCGAGAGGCACAGAAUCAACCUAUAGACAAAGCACGGAAGACUUAUGAACGCCUUGUUGCCCAGUUCCCCAGUUCUGGCAGAUUCUGGAAACUGUACAUUGAAGCAGAGAUUAAAGCUAAAAAUUAUGACAAGGUUGAAAAGCUAUUUCAGAGAUGCCUUAUGAAGGUUUUGCACAUUGAUUUAUGGAAGUGUUAUCUUUCAUAUGUCCGAGAAACCAAGGGUAAACUGCCAAGUUACAAAGAAAAAAUGGCUCAAGCAUAUGACUUUGCACUGGAUAAAAUUGGAAUGGAAAUUAUGUCUUAUCAGAUUUGGGUGGAUUACAUCAAUUUCUUAAAAGGCGUGGAAGCUGUUGGAUCUUAUGCAGAAAAUCAGAGAAUAACAGCUGUCCGAAGAGUUUAUCAACGAGGUUGUGUUAAUCCAAUGAUCAACAUUGAACAACUCUGGAGAGACUAUAACAAGUAUGAGGAGGGUAUUAAUAUUCAUUUAGCUAAAAAAAUGAUUGAAGAUCGUAGUAGAGAUUACAUGAAUGCUAGGCGUGUAGCUAAGGAAUAUGAGACAGUAAUGAAAGGUUUGGACCGCAAUGCUCCCUCGGUGCCUCCUCAGAAUACUCCUCAAGAAGCUCAGCAGGUGGAUAUGUGGAAGAAAUACAUACAGUGGGAAAAGAGCAACCCUCUUCGUACAGAAGAUCAGACUCUUAUAACAAAAAGAGUUAUGUUUGCUUAUGAACAGUGCCUGCUUGUGCUGGGCCAUCACCCUGAUAUUUGGUAUGAAGCUGCCCAGUAUCUUGAGCAGUCAAGUAAACUUCUAGCAGAGAAGGGGGAUAUGAAUAAUGCCAAAUUAUUUAGUGAUGAAGCUGCUAAUAUAUAUGAAAGAGCCAUAAGCACUUUAUUAAAGAAGAAUAUGCUUCUUUAUUUUGCAUAUGCAGAUUAUGAAGAGAGUCGCAUGAAGUAUGAGAAAGUUCACAGUAUAUAUAACAGACUUCUGGCAAUUGAGGAUAUUGACCCCACCUUGGUAUAUAUCCAAUAUAUGAAAUUUGCAAGGAGAGCAGAAGGUAUCAAAUCUGGAAGAAUGAUAUUUAAAAAAGCAAGAGAAGAUACCAGAACCCGCCACCAUGUCUAUGUUACUGCAGCCCUCAUGGAAUAUUACUGUAGUAAGGACAAAUCUGUUGCCUUUAAGAUUUUUGAACUGGGGCUAAAGAAAUAUGGAGACAUUCCAGAAUAUGUCCUGGCCUAUAUUGACUAUCUUUCUCACCUCAAUGAGGACAAUAAUACCCGAGUUUUGUUUGAACGAGUUUUAACUUCUGGAAGCCUUCCUCCUGAAAAGUCUGGAGAAAUCUGGGCCCGAUUUCUAGCUUUUGAAAGUAAUAUUGGUGAUCUAGCUAGUAUACUCAAAGUGGAGAAAAGACGGUUUACAGCAUUCAAAGAAGAGUAUGAAGGCAAAGAAACAGCUUUACUGGUAGAUAGAUACAAGUUCAUGGACUUGUAUCCUUGCUCUGCCAGUGAACUAAAAGCGCUUGGUUAUAAGGAUGUCUCCCGUGCUAAGCUAGCAGCUAUAAUUCCAGACCCAGUUGUAGCUCCUUCUAUAGUGCCUGUUCUGAAAGAUGAAGUGGAUAGAAAACCAGAAUACCCUAAACCAGACACUCAGCAGAUGAUUCCAUUUCAGCCACGACAUUUAGCACCGCCAGGCUUACACCCCGUCCCUGGGGGAGUGUUCCCAGUGCCACCCGCGGCCGUUGUGUUAAUGAAACUUCUCCCCCCUCCUGUCUGCUUCCAGGGUCCUUUUGUACAAGUGGAUGAAUUGAUGGAAAUUUUCCGAAGAUGCAAGAUACCAAAUACUGUGGAGGAAGCUGUGAGGAUCAUCACGGGUGGGGCCCCAGAGCUGGCUGUCGAAGGCAAUGGCCCCGUGGAGAGUAAUGCAGUCCUCACCAAGGCUGUCAAAAGGCCCAACGAGGACUCAGACGAGGACGAAGAAAAGGGAGCUGUUGUCCCCCCUGUUCAUGACAUUUACAGAGCACGGCAGCAGAAGCGAAUUCGGUAAGGCAGGCUCAAAACCUGCCUCUGAGAGGAUUCCCUUUUUGCCUCUUAAGUCACAUGUUUAAAAGAGACAAUGCUUUGUUACAAGCUUCUUGGAAACAAAGUCAUAUUGUCCCUGGUGCCUCUAUCAUAUGGUUCUUGAGGAAAAACAACCCAACCUGUGUGAAUUUUAGAAUAUGGAACAGACCUGUGCUCUAAGCAGAAUUAGAUUUUCAGAAAUGUGAGAACAGUACACAAUGGCAGAACCACAUUUUGUUCCCUCUUCAAGGGUGUCUUGUAUGUGCCGCUUGAAGACCUGUGAGUUUUCAAGUUUUAUUUUAAAAACCGGAUGGCUUAUGACUGUAAAGCAUUUUAUCACAUUUUCUGAAAACAGUUGUUCUCAGUUUGCUUAUGUAGAGUCCUGCCUUACUAUUUGUUUUUAUUUAUGGCAGAAUGUAUGGAAUCUGUUUUGUAGUUUAAAAUUUUAAAACAAUCCUUUAAAAAAUAAAAGGAUCUCAAAACCGU